AUGAGUUUCUAUCAACCAUCAUUAUCUCUAUUUGACGUCCUUAAUGCUCUAUCUGACCGUGCCCCUCCAAGAAAUCCACCAGUUAGACCAAAUAAUGGAGACCCAUAUGAAAGAAGGCACGCUUAUGGUCCUCAAAAUUUAAGACAUCCUGGUAUGGGUCCAUUCCAUGGCCCUUAUCCAAUGGGAAGAAAUGGGUUUUUUAAUCCUGCUGCUGCUGGAGGUCCUUUAAAUGUGAACCGUGACGAUGACGGAUUUCCUGGUGGCGCUUUUUUAUAUGGACACCCAUUUGCUCCUCAUGGUGGUAACUACCCUGAUUAUUAUUACUACAUUCCUCAAUUCAGUGAAGAUGACGAAGACGAAGAUGAAGAAGAAGAAGAAGAACUACAUGACAAUAAUGAAGAUGGUGAAAAGAUGGAUGAAGAUAACAACGAUGUGUCAAAGGGGACUGAAUAUCCAUCUUAUUACCAUACUAGAGAUGGUAACAAUCGUUUCAGAAUGAUGAACCCACCAAAUGUAUAUCUAAGAGGACCUGAAUCAAGGGAUUAUUUAAAUGAUUUAUUUGAUACGUUUUUUGGUGUUCCAAGAGGUAAAGCCGAACAGAGGCCAGAACAACAGGAAGAAAAGGAGUCCAAGACCUUAUCUGGUAAAGAAACUAUGAAAGACAAAACUUCAGAAGAAGUAAAUCCAAACGCUACUCCAGAUGAAAACAACAUUAAACAGGACAAAACUGAAAAUGUUAGUGAUUCAGCUACAAGCAAACCACCUUUGAAAAAAAACAAUUCCAAUGCUUUUAUUCCUGGCCCUUUUGCUAUUCCUUCUACUACUACUACUACAGGCUCAGACCCAUUAAAGGUCUCUAAACCUGAAAUAAGAAUGGAUUUACCAUUUACACCAGAAGUCAAUGUGUAUGAUUUGAAGACAGAAUAUAUUGUUGUCUUGGCCUUACCUGGUUCUAAUUCAAAGGCUUUCAAGGUCGAUUAUCACCCAACAACACAUGAACUAACCGUUAGAGGUAAUCUUACGGAUAAAUUGGGUGUUGAUGAGAAAUAUUUGAAAUUAAGCGAAAUUAAAUAUGGUGCCUUUGAGAGAACAGUCAAAUUCCCAAUUCUACCAAGGAUCAAGGAUGAGGAGAUCAAAGCUAAAUAUUCCAAUGGUUUAUUACAAAUUAAUGUCCCUAAGAUGGAUGGACCUCAAGAUAAACCUGUCCCAAAAAAGAGAAUCACCAUUGAGGAAAUACCUGAUGCUGAAUUAGAAUUUGAAAAGAAUCCCAAUCCUGUUGAAAAGAAUUAA